CCCUCGCCCUCCCGCCGGCCCCGCACGGGCUGAGCUCAUCUUUCCAGCCCGCGGGCAGUGUUCCCGGCGCUGGGCGCCCGCCAGCAGCCGCCGUUCUUUCCAUUGCCCCGUCCAGGGUCUCCCCGUGGGGACCAGGCGGGGGGGAACGCGGGGUCUUCCCAUCCCGCACCCGGGCACCGAGCGGGACGAGACUCGGGCUACUGGUACCGUGGACGCUGAGCACCGAAGAUACCGGCUCAGAUGGGCACUGGGCAUAGCGUCACCGGGGAUACGGGAGAGCCCCGGGAAUACCGGCACCGAGGGGGCACCGGGGAUGGGCACUGCGGGGAUUGCCAGCACCGGGAGAUGCCCUGCAUCCAGGCGCAGUACGGCACGGCGGGCUCCGGCCCCUGCGAGCGCUGCCCGGCCGAGCUGCUGAGCCCCGAGAGCGGCCGCUUCCCCAUGGAGGUGGCAGGAGCAGAUUUGGCAGCUGCCCCGGCCUUGCCCAGCUUCAGCACCUUCAUGGAGGGCUACGCCGGCGAGUUCGACGCCUUCCUGUACCAGCUGCCGGCCGGCAGCCAGCCCACCACCGCCGCCUUCAAGCUGGAGGACUUCCAGGUGUACGGCUGCUACCCCGGCGCCUUCAGCGGGCAGCCGGACGAGAGCCUCUCCUCCAGCGGCUCAGACUGUUACGGCAGCCCCUGCUCCGUGCCCUCCCCCGCCACGCCGGGCUUCCAGCCGCCCCAGGCCCCGUGCUGGGAGGGCUCCUUCGGGGCGUACUCGCCGUCGCCGAACUACGAUGCCGGGCGGCCCUGGGCUGAGCCGGCCAAGGGCGGUGGGUCACAGCCCCCCUUCUUCGCCUUCGCCCCCCCGGCACCCAGCCCCACCGGGUCCCCUGGGUCUCUGAAGGGGCAGCCAGGCCCCUCGCCCCGCCUUGACCCACGGCUACUGGACACAGACACCUUUGCCCUGGCCCAGGGCUCCCCGGGGGGCUUCGCCGGGCUGCCCCUGGCCCCCUCCUCACCGCUGCUGGAGGGGCCGGCGCUGGCCCCCACCAAGGCUCGCAGCCCCGGGGCGGGCGAGGGCCGCUGCGCCGUCUGCGGGGACAACGCCUCGUGCCAGCACUACGGAGUGCGCACCUGCGAGGGCUGCAAGGGCUUCUUCAAGCGCACGGUGCAGAAGAACGCCAAGUACAUCUGCUUGGCCAACAAGGACUGUCCCGUGGACAAGCGGCGGAGGAACCGCUGCCAGUUCUGCCGCUUCCAGAAGUGCCUGGCCGUCGGCAUGGUCAAAGAAGUGGUCCGGACCGACAGCCUGAAGGGCCGGCGGGGUCGGUUGCCCUCCAAGCCCAAGCAGCCGCCGGACGCGUCGCCCGUCAGCCUCAUCACGUCCCUGGUGCGGGCUCACAUCGACUCCAUCCCCAGCGCCACCAAACUCGACUACUCCAAGUUCCAGGAGUCGGUGCCGUGCCAGUUCGAGAAGGAAGACUCGGUGGACGUGCAGCAGUUUUACGACCUGCUCACCGGCUCCAUGGACGUCAUCCGCAAGUGGGCUGAGAAGAUCCAGGGCUUCACUGAGCUGCCCAAGGAGGACCAGGACCUGCUGCUGGAAUCAGCCUUCCUCGAGCUCUUCAUCCUGCGCCUGGCGUACCGCUCCAAACCGGAGGAAGGGAAACUCAUCUUCUGCAACGGGGUGGUGCUGCACCGUCUGCAGUGCGUGCGGGGCUUCGGCGAGUGGAUCGACGCCAUCCUCGAGUUCUCCCAGAGCCUGCACCGCAUGAGCGUGGAUGUCCCCUCCUUCUCCUGCCUCGCCGCCCUUGUCAUCAUCACAGGUGAGACUCCUCCCCCCUACCCCUGUCCCUGCCCCUCUGCCCAUCCCCUUCCCGACCCUGCGGCCGUCACCGUGGCCUCACGCCUCCGCCGACCCCUCCUCCCUCGUCCCUUAGACCGCCACGGGCUGAAGGAGCCGAAGCGGGUGGAGGAGCUGCAGAACCGCAUCGUGGGCUGCCUCAAGGACCACGUGGCAGCGGCAGGGACCGAGCCCGGCCGCCCCGGCUGCCUCUCCAAGCUCUUGGGCAAACUGCCCGAGCUGCGCAGCCUCUGCACCCAGGGCCUCCAGCGCAUCUUCUACCUGAAGCUCGAGGACCUGGUGCCUCCACCACCCAUCGUCGACAAGAUCUUCAUGGACACGCUGCCCUUCUGACCCCUCCCCUCCUCGCAAUGAGGGGCUUGUCACCAGCUCCUGACCCACCCUGGGAUGCCAGGGAUAAACCCCCCACCGCCACCACCCACCCAGGGGCGCCUGGAAGACCCCCAGGGACACCUCCUGGGGACACCCAGGUGCCCUUCACGUGCCUUGGCAGCGCCGGCUGCAGACGCACAGCAAAGCUCCGGUGCCCGGGGGGGGCAUCACCCGUGCCGUGCCCCCCCCUCCCCUGUAAAAAUGCCCCCGUUGUAAAUAGCGAGCGGCCAGACCCUGUACAGAGCUGGGGAAGGAGUGGGGGGGAAACACACACACACACACACACUCCAGCCCCCCACCCCCCAUCCUCAUCCCCCUCCUCUUUAUAUAUAUAUAUUUUUUCCCUCUUUUGGCAAUUUUCUGUAUAUAAACUUGGACGUACACCGA